AAAAACACUUCUUUGCUCGUAUAUCCAAAACCUAAAACAAAACGAACACCUCCUGCUGCUGCUUCUUCCUCUCUCUCUUUUAGCCGUCAAAAAAGCUUUGCAGAGUCUCUCUCACAAAGAGAGAGAGAGAGAGAGAGAAAGCAAAGCGAGAGUGAGAGAGAGAUAAUCAUGGCGACCUACGACCUAACCCCACGGAUCGCGCCGAACCUAGACCGCCACCUAGUGUUCCCAAUACUCGAGUUUCUCCAGGAGCGUCGUCUCCACGAGGAUGGCCAGAUCUUGAAAGAGAAGAUCGAGCUCCUCAACAAAACCAACAUGGUCGACUACGCCAUGGACAUCCACAAGAGCCUCUACCACACCGAAGAUGUCCCCCAAGAUAUGAUUGACAGGAGGGUGGAGGUGGUGGCGAGAUUGAAGGCAUUGGAGGAGGCGGCGGCGCCGCUGGUGGCGUUCUUGCAGAAUCCUAAUGCUGUGCAGGAGCUCAAGGCUGAUAAGCAGUACAAUCUCCAAAUGCUCAUUGAACGAUACCAGAUUGGAACAGAGCAGAUAGAGGCAUUAUAUCAGUAUGCCAAAUUCCAAUUUGAGUGUGGAAACUACUCUGGUGCUGCUGACUACCUGUAUCAGUAUAGGGCCUUAUGCACAAAUAGUGAAAGGAGUCUUAGUGCAUUAUGGGGAAAGCUUGCAGCUGAGAUUUUGAUGCAAAACUGGGAUAUUGCUCUUGAAGAGCUUAAUCGGUUGAAAGAAAUCAUCGACUCAAAGAACUUUGCAUCACCAAUGAAUCAGGUGCAAAAUAGAAUAUGGUUAAUGCACUGGAGUCUCUUCAUCUUUUUCAACCAUGACAAUGGAAGAACACAGAUCAUUGACUUGUUUAAUCAGGAUAAGUAUUUGAAUGCUAUCCAAACAAGUGCUCCCCAUCUUUUGCGUUACUUGGCCACUGCAUUCAUUGUUAACAAGAGGAGGAGACCUCAAUUCAAAGAUUUUAUAAAGGUUGUUCAGCAAGAGCAGCACUCUUACAAAGAUCCAAUUACGGAAUUCUUAGCAUGUGUGUAUGUCAAUUAUGACUUUGAUGGGGCACAGAAGAAGAUGAGGGAGUGUGAAGAAGUAAUAUUGAAUGAUCCCUUCCUUGGCAAACGAGUUGAAGAAGGAAACUUUUCUACUGUACCACUGAGAGAUGAGUUCCUUGAAAAUGCCCGCCUAUUCAUCUUUGAGACAUAUUGCCGGAUACAUCAGCGCAUUGAUAUGGGAGUGCUUUCUGAGAAAUUGAAUUUAAAUUAUGAGGAGGCUGAGAGAUGGAUUGUGAAUCUUAUCCGGGGUUCAAAGCUUGAUGCCAAGAUUGACUCAGAAUCAGGGACUGUGGUUAUGGAACCCAAUCAUCCCAACGUGUAUGAGCAGCUAAUUGACCACACGAAGGCACUUUCAGGCCGAACUUACAAGUUGGUUAGCCAACUUCUGGAACAUGCUCAGGCACAAACUGCUCGUUAAGUUUACUAGUGAAGUCUCCAGGAAGUUGUACGUUCCUAUUUGCAAUUUGUCUGGAAUUUUGUUUCUUUUGGUUGAGGGAUAGAUUCCAAUUAGUGCAAUUCUAGUGAGCAAUUCAAAUACUCAGAAUUAGAGACAAGAAAUGUUAUAAAUUCUGGCAAGAUAAUUAUGUUUUGGUUCACAAAGCUUUGUUGUUAACUCGUUCAAAUUUGAAGAAAUGUUGAUCUUUUUGUUUACUUCUAA